AUGGCGAGUCGGCACUUACUGCGAUGGGACUACGGCCCUGUUUACCCACUGGACAGAAAGCGGCUCUGGCUAUUCAUCCUCGAUGAUUUGGUAGUAACCCAUGGAUCGUGGCUCAUCAACGGCGAUUGCGUGGUUGUCAAGUUGUACGAUAACCCUGACGAUUUGGAGGGCCUUCGAUGGCUGGUCAGCUGCGAUGACUCCAUCGGUGUUUCAUCCGAUAUCAGCACCUUAUUCGUCGAGGAUCCGACAGACUGGGACACCACGAUCGAAAGCACGACAACUUCGAGCGAGUCAUCGACCAGUGAGGCUGUUAGCGAAUCGUCAACGGCCAUCGAGACAAGUUCAUCCGCUGCAUUUCCGUCAAGUACAUCGGAACCAGAAGAAGCAGAGAGUCCUACAAAUGGGGGGACCAAAGGCGGUGGUGGGCCGAGUGGAGGUGUUAUCGCUGGUGCCGUAGUCGGUUCGAUCGCAGGCGUAGCACUUAUUGCCGGUAUCAUCAUCUUGGCUUUCAAGAUGGGAAGAAGAAGCCGAGGCGAUAACGAAGGGCCCGGUGGCGGCUUCAGAGAUUCAUUAAGGUCUAUACCAAUGCCGACGUCGGUUUCCCAUCAACCUGAGCCGAAGCCGACUGUCCCAAUCAUCCAGCCGGUAUUUGUAGAAGAAAACCAGCCUUACCGCAACAGCGGUGAGAGUUAG